AUGCUGGAGAAGAAUGGACGCUUCUACACAGACAGCAAUGGCCGGGAGAUCCUGGAGAGGAGAUCCAACGAAGAAUUUGAGAUCAAGAACAUGGACAUGAAGUUGGGGGCAACCCUAAAGAUCAAGGGCAAGAUCGCCAAUGAUGCUGUUGGCUUUGUGAUUAACCUAGGUCAGGGGGCUGAGAAACUGAACCUGCAUUUCAACCCACGCUUCAAUGAGUCCACCAUUGUCUGCAACUCUCGCGAUGGCAGCUGGGGCCAGGAGCAACGUUCAAAUCACCUGUGCUUCAGCCCAGGGUCAGAGGUCAAGUUCACCGUGACCUUUGAGAACAAACAGUUCAAGGUGACCCUGCCAGAUGGACACGUGCUGACCUUUCCCAAUAGGCUGGGCCACAGCCACCUGAGCUACCUGGGUGUGAAGGGUGGGUUCAAGAUCUCCUCCUUUAAGUUGGACUGAGUGGGUACCUCUACUGAAAGCCAUAAUAAAACACCCGGGACCAGAUUCUCUGCCAAGUCUUCCUCAUCACAGCAGGCUGGGGGCCAGGCUCUAUCCCUCCUUUCCCUCACCCACCUGCAGUACCCCCCGCCCCCCGCUUAUUCUCCUCCCACAAGGAUUAAA